CUCUCAGAGUUCAAAAUGUACAAGUUGCUACAAGUGUUGCUCUCCGGCACCGUGGCUUUGGCCUACCUUUCGUCAGGCGUCACGGCUGCCCAAGAUGCAUACGCACAGUGCGGAGGAAUCGGCUGGACCGGCGAUAUGACUUGUGUUGUAGGCUGGACCUGUGUCAUUCAGAAUUCAUACUACUCCCAAUGCGUGCCGUCCAGCACCACGGCAGACGGCACAACUGCUCAAGCAGGAUACGCACAUCCACUUCCACCACAAAAUCAACUUCCACCACAAAGUCAUCUUCCACCACAAAAACGACUUCCACUACCAAAACGACUUCCAGCGUGAAGACAAGUUCCAGCGUCGUGGUUGCCGUCAAGGUAGCCUCGUCCAGCUCCAAGACUACUUCCACCACAAAGACCACUACUACUACGAAGUCAACUACCACCACGAAGUCGACUACCACCAGAAAAUCGACUACCACCUCAAAAUCAACCUCUACCACGAAGACAUCCUCUAGCACAAAGACGUCUUCCACUAGCGCAGCGUCCACCGGAGUCACCUACAAGGCAUCUUUCACCUACUAUGGCGCCGGUGAUGGGAACGGUUCUCCCAACUGCAAUACCGACACCGCCGCCUGUGGCUUUUAUACCUACCCAGGCUACAGUGCAGCAGUGAGCCAAAACUUGUAUGGUGCUGCACCUGGUGCCGGAGCUGGCCCAGCUUGCGGUACAUGCUGGAAGCUGGUUGGCGAGACCGAUUCCUCUGGGAAUGCGCUCAGUAACGCGGGCACGAGUAUCGUCGUCAUGGUGAACAACUUGUGUCCCGCCGAUGGCAAUUCAUUGUGCGCCCAGGACGGCCUCUCCGGGACGAAUGAGUAUGGUGCGAAUGUCAACUUCGAUCUUUGUAGUGACAGCGGUGCUGAAGCGGCAUUCUUUGAUAACGAUGGUGUUGGCCUUGCUGUUGGUACGGCCACAGAAGUUUCCUGCUCGAAAUGGUCUGGUACCGUUAUUUCUUGAGCUGUUAUUGUGAGAAAGGAUUAUCAGGCGCCAUAGGGCACAAUUUUCGGCACUUUUCGCUCUUCGUUACUUGGCCGGUUGAGUCUCGAGUACUUGACCUGGCAUUGCUUCUUGGGGAGGAAGGGCCAUAACGAGAUACACGGGCUCGGAACCUUUGAUUUGGAUGGUUUGUGGGAGAUUUGAUGAUGAGCUCCAGCUUGCAAUGAACAAGAAAAUCUUAUGCCGCACCUGAUGCCCGGCUGCACCACCUUGCUGUUCCGAUGGUCUCGCGUUUGCAUUUCCCGUGGCAAGCAGAGAUGGUUCGACAGGGGA